AUGGUCCGUAUAAUCAUUUGAAAAAAACCGCACAUGACUUAAGUUUCAUACACGCCGACCCUUUUGAAUAUCGCCGGCGAUGGAGGCAGAGGUGUGACCUCUUUUGCACCAGUUGGGGUAACGAGGGGCCUUUAGGGGAGCCUCAGUUGAGAUGAAAAAGUCUUGAGCACAUGAACCAAAGAGGAAGAAAAACAUUGUUACUAACAAAAUCCAUUUUCCAUGUUUCAGGCCCCAAAAUCCAAGAACCAAGAAAACAUCAACUCCAAGUUGGCCUUGACCAUCAAGUCAGGUAAAUACACCUUGGGCUACAAGUCCGUUGUCAAGUCCUUGAGAACCGGUAAGGCCCAGUUGGUGAUCAUUGCUGCCAACACUCCAGUUUUGAGAAAAUCCGAAUUGGAAUACUACGCCAUGAUGUCAAAGACCAAGGUCUACUACUUCCAAGGUGGUAACAAUGAAUUGGGUACCGUUUGCGGUAAAUUGUUCAGAGUCGGUACUUUGUCUAUCUUGGACGCUGGUGACUCUGAUAUCCUCAGCUCAGUCUAA